GACCGAAGUAGUGAUGUACGAAAUGUUGAAAAAUUACUGCAGUGAAAUUUAUGGUGGCUUAAAAAGUAUUAUAAUGUUGGAAAACAAAACAUUGUACUGUAUAUCUCUUUGAAAUAGACAUUCAUAAGAAACUUUCAAGAUGUGUUUUAAUUUAGUGUACAUCUCAUAUGACAAGAUGAAUCAAAAUACUUGCCAAUGGUAGGAGAUCGAACCACUCUAAACCCACCUCCAAUUAGAUAGCUUUUCAAAUUCGAUGUCAUGCUUGCCUGAUUGUGGUUGUCCUAAAACUGCACAAGAAACCGCUGUCGAAGGUGACAUCGCCCAUGACGAAUCUUCUUACAGACCAUUAUCGGAAUCUAUACCUCUUCUCCCCAAAGAUACCACCAUGAUCACGUACGAAGCCGAUGCAUCCCAGUAUGCCAUUUUAGCUAUCAUAGGCAAGGGGUUGAAGGACACGGCUACGAUUUCUGCCGCCAGACAUAUUCCCACGGGGCAGCAAGUGGCCAUCCGUAGAACAAACCUGGAUUCCUGCCCGGAAGACGUUACUUACAUUCAGAGAGAAAUUUUAGUCACUAGGCAAUUGCGACACGAAAGUCUGUUGCCAUAUUAUUGUUCGUUUGUCUUUCAGAAUGAAGUGUGGGCAGUGAUGCCACUGAUGACGUAUGGUUCAACGAAAGAUAUAAUGUACUCCCAUUUUUCAGAGGGAUUGCCAGAAAUAGCAAUAGGUUUAAUCAUGCGAGAUAUCUUAGCUGCAUUAGAUUACGUACACAAGAGAGGAUUUAUUCACAGAAGCAUAAAAGCAAGUCACAUCCUAAUUUCUUCAAGCGGAAGGGCUCUGUUGUCCGGUCUUAGGUACUCAUGUAAUGUAAUAAACAAUGGUAAAUGGCAAAAUAUGAUUCAUUCUUUCCCACCCGAUUCCGUUUCCAACUUAAACUGGUUGAGCCCGGAAAUUUUGGAGCAGAAUCUUAUGGGAUACAAUGCUAAGUCAGAUGUUUAUAGUUUAGGUAUAACUGCUUGUGAGUUGGCUAAUGGAAUUGUACCUUUUGCGGAAAUGCCGCCUACUCAAAUGUUGCUCGAGAAACUUCAAGGAUAUCAUCCGAGGCCCCUCGAUUCUCGAACUUAUUACGACAUUGACGAUUCUCAAUCUCAAGGUAAUUUAGGCGAUGUAUAUAGAAUGAGAGAAUUCUCGGAUUCAUUUCAUAAUUUUACAGAGCUGUGUCUACAAAGGGAUCCUCUGAAGCGUCCUACCGCAGUCUACCUAUUGAGGCAUACAUUUAUUAAACAAACUAAGAAGUCAAAUAUUGCUCUACAAGAUAUUCUAGCAAUGGUUACUCCAAUUGCUGACCAAAUACCUCCAAGUAAAGGCAAUAGUAAAACUUAUGAAUUGGAGGAGAAGUUCCCAGGACUAUCUCUAGGUGAAUCAUGGAAUUUUUAGAUUAACCAAAAAUUAGGACUUACAAACGCCAAAUUUAACGCUUUAACUAACAAUGUUUACCAAAUUUAUCAGAUGAAUGCAUCUGAUUUAUUGCUUGCUUCAAAUAGUUUGAAAUAUCUUUUUUUUCCACACGUUAAGCUAUAAUUUUUCAAAUGUUUCUAAUGUUGUACCUUUUGUACAAGUUUAUAAGAUUUUGUUACAUUUGUUUGCAUAAACAAAUAUUUAGGUCUUUCAUAAGUGUUGUUAAAGGAUAUUGUGUGUACAUUGAAUGAGUUUGCAAUAAAUUGUUUUCUUUUAAAAUAUAGUUUUUUUGAAAUUCAAAAGUGUAAAUGAUUCUAGGAAGAUAUUUAAUAAAUGAA